AUGGCAGAUGCCGCUGCAAUCUUCGAUUUUAGACGUCGGCAAGAGGUGGCAGACUGGCUCCGACAAAAGAUUCCUCACCAGCAUAUAUCAGAAUCCGAAGCUCUAAUUGCCCAAAAGACAUUCACAACACCGGACGCAGCAGGCACAUUCGGACGACAGUUCUUCUUUGCCAUAAUCCGCUUGAAUGAUCCAUUAAAAAGGGUCAUCGGUGCUGCGGGAGUCAAUUCUCUUGUGCCGGCACCGUCUAUUGGAUAUACUCUCCAUCCUGAGUUCUGGGGGCAUGGCUAUGCCACUGAGGCUGUUACUGCUAUUGUGGAUCAGUGGUGUAAGCUUCCAAGGAGGAAUCCAGAAGGGCUGGAAUUGGCAUUGCCGAAAGAGAGGCUCUUUGCGGCUUGCAAUAAGGAGAAUGUUGGUAGUGUCAAGGUGUUGCAAAGAUCUGGAUUUGUCAUGUACGAUGAACUGGUCCUUGAGGACGAAGUGGCUGCUCUUUUUGAAUUAUACCUGCAAUUAAGACAGCCUUUUCAACAAUCCAAUACAACAACUACGUGGUCUAAGUCCACGAAGUACUGGGACGACGGUAAAAUUGUCGGCCCACUUGUCACCUUUGCUGUCUUCAUUGUCGCUUUUCAUACAAUCAACGCCGCCGAGGUGAUGCCGCUGCUUUACCGCCGCGCCUUAUAA